AGCCCAUUCCCAACGUAAACAAGGAAGUUGAACGUGUGAGUUGGUUUGCUAACUGUGAAUUUCAUUGACAAAUUUGACUCGUUAAAGUUUACAGAAAGAUAUUGCCAGAAUGAAGCAUCUGCAAUGGCCUUAGGGAGUGUUCCCUUGUGGUCAUUCUUAUUCAUAUCUGCUGGUUAUGGACCCAACUGCCUCCUUGACUUGCUCUGGGAGCCAGUCUCCUACAGAUGAAUUUAUGGACGACUGGCUCUUCCUAUCCUCUACCUCAGCUGCCUCUCCUUGCUAUGAAGAAGAGAGCAGAGAUGACAAGGAGAAAAGAGGAAAACUUAAAUCCAAGUUGAUCUCAGCAUGGAAUAGUGUCAAAUAUGGAUUAUCCUUCAAACAGAAAUCAAAUUUAGGCAAAAACUCUACUGUGGUCUUCUUUGGAACGUCAUAUCAACUCAGGGAUCGAGGGGAGAACGAGUGUUUCCACCACUCCUUUGCUGCUCUUCUGUGGUUUACAUAUCGACGUGGUUUCCCACAGCUGAAAGGCAGCUCUCUGACAACUGACAGCGGCUGGGGAUGUCUUCUCCGCACAGGGCAGAUUUUGUUAGCGCGAGGCUUGCUUCUACAUCUGAUGCCAGAAGGCUUGACAUGGUCUGUGAGCCAUCAUAAAUUCAAAGAUGAUAUGGAUCUCCCAGAGAUCUUCUCUGAAGCUAGAGGAAUGUGUAUACAAAAUUCCAAAGGGCUCGAGAAAAGUGCUCGAAAACUGAGUUUGGGCUCCCUCAUGGACAGAUGCAUGGAGUCCACUCAUAGGAAGGUUGUGUCAUGGUUUGCAGAUAAUCCAUCAGCUCCUUUUGGGAUACAUCAGCUUGUAGAGUUUGGCAAAAGCUUAGGGAAGAAAGCAGGGGACUGGUACGGCCCAUCUAUUGUGGCGCAUAUUUUAAGGAAAGCUGCAGAAGCAUCAACUGCCCUUCCCAAUCUCGCUGUAUAUGUUGCACAAGAUUGUACCAUCUAUGUAGAAGACGUAAAUGAUUUGUGUGAACAGACCUUUUCUGGGAUCUCCUCUGCAUCUAUUCAGCCAUGGAAAGCCAUAAUACUCCUUGUGCCAGUGCGACUUGGAGGACAAGACCUCAAUCCCGCCUAUAUCACCUGUAUCAAAAAAAUCUUGACAUUACAAUGUUGCAUUGGUAUCAUUGGAGGCAAACCAAAGCACUCUCUCUACUUUGUUGGUUUCCAAGAUGACCAUUUAUUGUACUUGGACCCUCAUUACUGUCAACCCACAGUGGAUGUAACAAAGGACAACUUUCCUUUAGAGAUGCUUUAUUGAUGCCAUAGUGACUAAAACCCAGACAAGAUCCAGAUCUUCAACAUUCUUUUAUGGAUUGGUCCGUGAGCUUGUUCCACUAUACAACAAAUUGGCGGGUGGGCAGGCAUGUAGGCGACUCUUUGGCAGCAAACAUAUUUACGUGCAAACACACAUAAUUAUGGUGAAUUGGUUUUAAAUUUUCAAAGUAGUCUUCCUUUUCAGAACUUUGAAAUUGCCUAUUCUUUACUAUGUUAUUCAUAGGCGGAGUUUGACUUUUGGGGGAGGGGAGCACAAUAUGUUGAUGACUCUGCAACGCAGUGUCACUAAUAAAAUAACUUACAAUAAUAGUUAUAAUAAUAAGUUGAAAAUGAGCGCUUUUUGUUUCCCAUCUUUUUUAUGGGAAUUCUAAAUCAGACUGCUUAGGGCAGCUACAAUUUUCACCAAGAUCAUCAUCCACUGAAUAUGGUACGCUCGCCAAUGGUGGCUUUGUUGUACAAUUAGCGUCUUUAGUGGGGCACAUUGCAACUCAGCUAACCAUUUUCAUGGUCCACAUUUUCAAUCCUGGGUUCUUGCUCAGUAGUUGUUGCUUUUGAAAGCUUAGGUUUGAAAAAAAUUACGUACAUCCAUCUUGCCUCUUCGGUCCUCAGGUGGUUUUGGCUAUGCAAAGCAAAUGACCGUCUAAGGCAGGGGUGCCCAAACCGGUCCUCAGGGGCCGCUGUGGUUCCUGGUUUUUGUUCUACUACUGAUCGAGCACAGAUGGUUUAACCAAUGAGGUUUUUGCUAAAACAAGCAGCACCUGACUACAAUCAACUGAUCACACUUGUAAGACAACAGAUUGGUGGAAAGGUGUCGUCCUAUUUUGUUGGAAAGAAAUCCUACACCCACUGUGGCCCGAUGUGGAAUAGUUUGGAGACCCCUGGUCUAAGGUGUUAGUCACAUGAUCUGUUCGAAAAAUAAUUUUGACCCAUUGUAAAAAAAAAAAAUUUCAUCUAAUUUUGUUGUUUUAUUGCUUUACAACUUUCAUAGACAAUAUUUAACCGGAAAACUCUUAAUUUUGAAAUCCUAUAUAGGAAAGUCAAUUACAUGCAAUGAAACUUUUCGGCCACCAGGGGGACAUGCCCCCCUUAAACGCCGCGUAUGAUUCCUAUUCCAAAAUGACCCCUGCGAAAACAAGCACGAGUGGGCCACAGUACACUACAGUUUGAAGGCUGCACACGCAUGCCAUCUACUGCCAACUCGGAAACUACAAGCAACACAGGCACCAAAAUAAGUCAAUGACCUCUACUGGUAAAUUCCCAACCCUACAGGAGGCUACCUUCUACUAGCUAGCUUCUAACUAUGAUCCCGCAAUUAAUUAAUCAGCCCUGAUCCAAAAAAUUAAUAAUCAGGAUUUAAGGCUCAAUUGAUACUAGCCCAGUCUACAUAGCUACCAAGUUUCAAGAUGCUGGUUUCAUGAAUGACAGAGGAGUAGGACUUCAAGUUAGUGUCCACAGGAACAACAACUAGUGUGAUGACUUGACAGGCCUUAAGUCUGUAAUAAAAACAUCAAAGCUAGUCAGUGAUGACAUAAGAUUUGUGUACAGUGAUAUAUGAAUAAAAACUAGUAUGUUUUUUAAUGUAUUUAUUUAUUUUGAUAUUUCCAU